GUCGGGACCUGAGGGCCUGGCGGUGCUGAUCCCGGCUCGGCCUCCAGGCGCCUCCCCGCGUUGUGCACCCCGGGUGCGCCGGCGGCUCCCGGCACCGCACCCCGUGGCCUCGGCGGUCGGAAUAAUGAGCCGCAUCUAUCACGACAGCGCCCUCCGGAACAAGGCGGUGCAGAGCGCGCGACUGCCCGGGGCCUGGGACCCCGCCACCUACCAGGGGGGGAAUGGCGUCCUGCUGGAGGGAGAACUGGUGGAUGUAUCUCGGCAUAGCAUCUUAGAUGCCCAUGGCAAGAAGGAACGCUACUACGUGCUGUACAUUCGGCCCAGUUGUAUCCACUGCCGUAAAUUUGACUCCAAGGGAAAUGAAAUCGAGCCCAACUUCAGCGCGACCAGGAAGGUGAACACAGGCUUCCUCAUGUCAUCCUACAAAGUGGAAGCCAAAGGAGACAGCGACAGGCUCACAACGGAGGAGCUAAAGGGGCUGGUCAAUAAGAUCGAGCUGCUGGCACUGACAGAGAGCCUCACCCCCGACCAGACAGUGGCGUUCUGGAUGCCUGAGUCAGAGAUGGAGGCGAUGGAACUUGAGCUGGGGGCCGGGGUACGGCUGAAAACUCGGGGUGAUGGCCCCUUUAUAGAUUCAUUAGCCAAAUUGGAGGCUGGAACAGUGACCAAGUGUAAUUUUGCUGGUGACCGAAAGACAGGGGCAUCCUGGACAGACAAUAUCAUGGCCCAGAAGUCUUCAGAUGGGGCUACAGUGGAGAUCCGAGAGCAGGGAGAUGGGGCAGAGGACGAGGAGUGGGAUGACUGAGAUUCAUGAAGCAUGGAUGCCUCUGGGGCCACCUGCAUCUUCUAUGGCACCGUGGACAAUUUCCUUCAGCGACCUCCAUGCUGAAGCUGGAGACCAGUCUUCCAAGCCUUACUCAGUUCUUCCUGCAGCUGCUUUUAGAGCAUGCUGAAAUCAAAUCCAAAACCACGAUGUGGUUGGAGGGACCCUAAACUGUGGCUUAAAUGCAAGUCCAACCUUCUAGAUAAUUUCAUGACACUUCCUGCCCUAGUGACCGCCUUGUUUUGGAGGCAGGUAGUGGGCAAGUACCCCAGGGCAGUUUGGGAGGAACUGGACUUGGUCUUGGUGCUUCACGGGGGAUUCUUCUCCUGUCUAAAGACAGAGGACUUCUGAGGAGAAAUUAGUGGGCUCUUUUCUCCAAUCUGUUUCCUGCUUCUUUCCACCCGGCCUCCUUCCCAGCACUCUACUGUAGCCCCUUCUCCCCUGCUUCAAGCCUCCUUCUCCCCCAUUUCCUCCCAUUCCACACCUAAGGUGCCAGUCCUUCAUUGCUCCUCUAACUCCAUGUUCCCUUGGGGUUUCCUGACCUCCCUGGCUGCUGCCAUAGGGGUAGCUGUUCUCAGGGAGGCCAACAGCCUUCACAAGUGUGGCUGAUUGGUCCUUUGCUUUCAGACUUGCUCUGCCAGGCCACAUAUUUUUUUGUUUUUGUGGUGCUGGGGAUCAAAGUCAGGGCCUCAAGCAUAUGAGGCAAGCACUCUCUGCCACUGAGCUACAUCCCCAGCCCUGAACUACAUUUUUGAUACCCUUUUUUGUACUUUGAGAAUGUUUUCACAAAUGAAUAAAUUUUC